AUGUUUGAUGUCAUAAAGGCACUUUAUCGUGGAGCUAGGAGAUAUCCAAUGAAUGCUAAGCGCACCGGGACGGGUGCUAUGGGAAGACAUACCAAGUACGGGGGCUACAUAAUUGACAAAAGCAGAGUGCGAACUUAUGUAGUUCCACGUGGAUUGGACGAGUUUCAACUCUGUCCAUAUGUAUCGACGAAAACACCAAUGUUGAAGUACCCGAUGACCCCAGCGAAAUAUUUCAAUCUGGUAAACAAAACAAAAAAGGAAUCGCAAAAACUUGCUAAACAAGAACAAGAACCAAUCUCGACUUCUAUCGAUUUGGAAGCAUAA